AUGGGUCGAGAGGCAAUUCGAACGGCAAUGAGCGUUGACCGCAACAAGCCUGCAUCGGAACAUCAGGGUGUUCAUAACCGUUGGCAUCCAGAUAUUCCCGCAGUUGCAACCAUCAAGAACGGAGAGACGGUGAAGAUUGAGUGUCUAGACUGGACCGGAGGACAGAUCAAGAACGAUGACUCCGCAGACGACAUACGCGACGUCGAUCUGACCGGCGUUCACUACCUAACCGGCCCAUUCAACAUUGAGACUGCAGAGCCUGGUGAUGUCCUCGUCGUUGAGAUCGCAGACGUCCAGCCGUUCGAGGACCAACCAUGGGGAUUCACCGGUGUAUUCGCCAAGGACAAUGGAGGCGGGUUCCUGUCGGACUUUUAUCCUCAAGCUGCCAAAGCCAUAUGGGACUUUGAGGGUAUUUUCUGCUCCUCGAGACACAUCCCCGGCGUUCGGUUUGCGGGGUUGAUCCACCCUGGGAUUCUCGGCUGUGCGCCGUCCGCAGAAAUCCUCGCCCAAUGGAACAAACGGGAAGCAGAGCUGGUUCAGGCGCACGGUACAGACGCCGUGGCGAAACUCCCUGAGCCACGAAAUGCAUAUGCCGGUGCUGCAACUGGAGAUCUCUUAGCUAAAAUCAGAAAAGAAGGAGCGAGAACUAUCCCGGGCCGCCCUGAGCACGGUGGGAAUUGUGACAUCAAGAACCUCAGCCGCGGCUCCAAGGUUUAUCUCCCCGUCCACGUCUCGGGCGCCAAAUUCUCGGUCGGGGACCUCCACUUCUCCCAGGGCGAUGGCGAGAUUUCCUUUUGCGGUGCUAUCGAAAUGGCCGGGGUGAUCACAAUAAAAUUCAACGUGAUCAAGAACGGCAUGGCGCAGAUGGACAUGAAGUCACCGCUUUUCAUCCCGGGUCCUGUAGAGCCCCAAUUCGGCCCCGGGCGUUAUCUCACGUUUGAAGGUUUCUCCGUAGAUCAUAACGGCAAGCAACAUUUCCUCGAUGCAACAGUGGCAUAUCGGGAGACAUGUCGGCGGUGCAUCGAGUAUCUGCGGCGAUAUGGGUAUAGCGAUUACCAGGUCUAUCUCCUGUUAAGCUGCGCGCCGGUUCAAGGGCAUAUUGCCGGGCUGGUAGAUAUCCCGAAUGCCUGUACAACGUUGGGCUUACCCAUGGAUAUAUUUGACUUUGACAUCAGGCCCGAGGUUCCCGCGCAAAGAAGAGACAUGGGCAGCUGUGCGUUUACAAGUGAUCAUAGAGCGUGA